GCUCAUUCCUUUCAUACAUCACGAAGUUAGAAUUCUAUAAAUAUGUGCUGGUUAAGGCAUAUGCUUUAUGACAAAGUAUUUUUAACCUGUCCCUUCAGUAUAUCAGCUGUUGGCUUAUAGAAACACUUGCUUUCAGGAUCUGCUAGAGCAUCUUUUGGAGAUCAAAAGACAGAACUUUGUAGUUCAUUCUACCAUGGACCCAGCUAUGAUGUGUAUAAUCCAUGCUAUAUGUAUCAACACUUUUCACCUGAUUUAAGUAGGCGCUUUCUUCCUCAUUGUGAAACAAAACAGUUAUAUGGAUCUGUUUGUGAUUUAAGGACCAGUAAACUUCCUGGCUCCUCUGGGCUAAGCAAAUCUAUGCUUGAUCUUACAACUUCAUCUCAGCGAUUCAUCCAGAGACAUGACUCAUUUUCCAGUGUGCCUAGUAGUUCUUCUUCAAGAAAAAAUUCUCAGGGCAGUAACAGAAGCCUGGAUACAAUUACCCUAUCAGGAGAUGAAAGAGACUUGGGGAGAUUGAAUGUGAAAUUAUUUUAUAAUUCUUCAGCAGAGCAGAUCUGGAUCACAGUUUUGCAGUGCAGAGGUAUAAGUUGGCCCUCUAGUUAUGGAGACACUCCCACAAUUUCUAUAAAAGGAAUUUUAACAUUGUCCAAACCAGUGCAUUUUAAAUCUUCAGCCAAAGAAGGUUCCAAUGCUAUUGAAUUUAUGGAAACAUUUGUAUUUGCUAUUAAACUACAAAAUCUCCAAGCUGUGAGACUUGCAUUUAAGAUUCAAACCCAGACUCCCAAGAAGAAAACCAUUGGAGAGUGUUCUCUUUCACUCAGAACUCUUAGUACCCAGGAAAUGGAUUACUCAUUGGAAAUAAUACCACCUUCAAAGAUUUCU